AUGGCUUCAUCACCCGCCUCUCUACGCUCUCUCUAUCGCUCUCUUAUCCGCGAGUUCCCACCUCGACCCAUCCUCGCCUCACCGCGCUCUCCUCUGCACUCUCGCCUCCGAGAUUCUUUUACUUCCGAGACAAAGGGUGCGACAUCUCAAGACGCCCGAGCUCAAGCUGCUGCCCAAGCCGUUGCCUACCUUCGAUCUCAGCGCCUGUACGCCACUUUGCUUGAGCGAUACAACCCCGGUAUGGGUAUGGACGAGGAGGAGCGUGUUCGCUUGACCGCGCGAAGGGUUGGCAUGGAUCUGCCAAUUGAGUACAAGUGA